UGUGUGUUUGUGUGUGUGUGCACAUGUGGACUGUACAAGCUGCGUGUGUGUGUGUCUUUGUGUGCUCACGCAUAUGUGGGUCUUGAGUAUGGACUUGUUUGUGUAUUUGUGCAUGCAUGUGGGUUGGCGGGAGGGGGCUGUGUGUGUGUGUGUGUUUUAGUUGGAGUGAAGAAGCGAGAGAAAUGUGCAGGGAAAGAAGAAUGAGAGAAUCGAUCGAGAGUGAGGGUAAGACAGACUGAGACAGGAAUGGAGGGAAAGACUGAGGGGUCAGCUCACUGAAGAAGUGGAGGCGCGGCUGUGGAAGGAAAAGGAAAGGGACACCCGUGAAAGUCUUUGUUACACACACUGAGGAAGAGAGCAUGCCUGAACACAGCUUCAGCCCAGGUGAUCGUAGAGAAGCAGCAGAGAAUAAACGGCCCAUGCUGGACGGGCCUUUCUUCAACACAGACCCCGCUCCUCACAACUGUGGUCCAUCAGUGCAGGCUCAUGACAAAGUCUCCACCGGAUCCAAGACCAGCUCCUGCUCAGCCUCUACCCCAGCUCUAGCUGCUGCCGCUUCCUGCCAAACCCCAACCCCGCUCCCUGCUCCUGCCCCAGCCACGACGACUUCAGCUCAGGCCCCGUCUCUGACCCCUGCGUCCACAGCUCCGGCUGCCCCGACGGCCUCUGCUCCGGCCCCAACAGCCAGCUCAUUCCCCCCCUCCCCUAACUGCCGCAUCCGCGAGGUCCACUGUGGCAGCCAGGUGCGGCUGGUUGUUAUUGCCAUCCGAGACAUUACCAAGGGGGAGGAGAUCACUGUGGACUACAGCCUGACAGAGUGGGGAGAGAACUUGGGUUUCCGUGGUACUGUGUCUCCAGCGCAACACGAGUGUAACUCUGACACAGAGAAUAACAACAAUAUCAAAAAGGAGGAUGAGCCUCUCUCUGUGACAGCCCAGCAGCAGCAGCAGGAGUAUGUCACCCCCUCUUGGUCCCUCUCCCCCUCCUCCUCCCCCAUCUCCCACUCUGACGCCAGUGACUCAGAUGCUGGAGAUGAAGAUAACGCUAGCCCCCGCGGGCGGGCACAACGCCGGCGCAAGAAACGGCGUAGCACUCCAUCAAAGAAAAAGACCCCCCAUCGGACCCCACCUGGACGGCCGCUGCCGGUCCCCCCCACCAGCAUUCCUCAUUACAACCGAGCGCUACCUUCAUCCCACCCUCCAGCACAGUCCUCCCCUCCCUGCUCGUCCUCCCCUCCCUGCUCGUCCUCCUCCUCUUCAGCUAAGCCGGUGUUCAAAGCUCCGGCUCCACUGGGCUCCAACACCAAAGGCAAUGUCAACAUAAAGGUGCCCAAAGGAGGAGUGUCCAUAGACGCCAUGCGCCAAACCUGUGAGCACUGUGGACGCCACUUCCGCUCCCUGGGUCGCCACUUGGAUAAGCACCAUGCCCACCAACCAGAAGUCUGCUCAGCCCUGGUGGAGCGCUACACACAGAUGCCCCGUCUGCAUGCACAGAACACAAACCCUACCACAGUUCACACACCCACUCCACAGCACUCAAAGUCAUCACAAACUGCGGGACAGAGCCACAGUUCAGAUCUUCCACAGAUUGGCAUCCAGGACCUCUCCAUGCCUCCGCCCACUCUCACAGCAGCUGACCAAUCCCCUGCCUCCUCUGGAAAAAACUCCAGCCCACCUGUGCUGACUCCUCCGCGAGGACAGAACGCAAUGCCGGUGUCUGUCCUAAAGAGAAGCCCGCCCCCUGUGGUUGUGACACAGUCCAGGAUGGCAGUAAUGAGGCUAAAGACAGAAAGACAGGAGGAGGAGGGAGAGGACGAGGAGAACGAAGAUGAAGACGAUGUGGAGGUCGUGGAGGUAAAGAUGCCCAAAGAGGAGGAGGAUGUUGAGGUGGUGUGCCCUCAGCAAUUCAGCGGCAGGUUGGCCAAAGAGACGGAGCCACCAAAAGAAGAGGAAGAUGAGGAGGAUGAGGAAGAAGAGGAAGAGGAGGAUGAGAAUGAGAAUGAGAAUGGAGUGAUGGAGGUGGAAGAUGAAAGUGGGACAGAGGAUAAGGAAAAGGACUUGCUGAGUGGUUUGGGGCGUCACCACUUGCUGCCCCUUCUCUCGUCCUUGUCCUCCCUGGUGCUGUACCUCCGUCGGCUGCAGCAUUCUGCCUUCCUGUCCCUGUCUCGGCAACUACAGUCAGCCGAGGCCUGGCGCCUUCUCUGCCACUCCAGCCUGGCUCUCCUCAUCCUGUACAACCGACGACGUGAGUGCGAGGUCUCCAAGCUGUCCAUCAGCGAGUAUCGCGCUCGCAUCACUCCCCAGUGCCCCGUUCCUGUCCCACCUGGUGCCCCUCCAGCACUCACUCCACUGGAGGCCUCCCUGUCCCCCUUUGAGCGCCUGGUGCUUCCUCACCUCCCUAGAGUAGGGGUCCAGGGUAAACGUGGACGAGUCCAGCCCCUCAUCCUCCCCCCUCACUGCGAGCCCUGCCUGGAGCUCCUCCUGCAGACACGGCAGGAUGUGGGAGUUGACCCCACAAACCCGUAUGUCUUCGCCAGGCCAUACCACUCCCCCGCUACACCAUUGCGUGGUACUGAUCUCCUCCGUAGCCUGGCCCGCUCAAGCGGUACCCGCAACCCCCGUGCCCUGACCCAGACCAGGGUUCGCCGGCAGGUAGCUAUACUCACCCAGCUGCUGCUACUGGGAGAAGGAGAGGAGCCCGGGCAGCCUGGAGGCAGUGCUGUGGAGAGGCUAGAGCACUUCCUGGAGAGGGAAUACCAUGUGACACAGAACUGUGCCGGAAUUGGCCAAGACCCAGGCCUGAUGGGCAGAGUGGGCAGAGUGGUGCUUUGUGGAGAGAGAGAUGGAGUGCUGUUCAGAGGAAUGAGCCUGAACCACAUCUGCCUGGAGCUGGAUGUUAUGUCAGGAAACUCUGCAGACUCCUACUCAGAGGGAGAGUCUGAAGGGGAGCAGGUGAAGGAGAAGCCUGAGACGUCCCCCCCUGCUCCCGCUCCGAAUCCAACACCUACCCUGCUGUAUGUCAGGAAGGGCAAGAACAACGGGCGGGUGGGACGACCCAAGAAGCUCAAGAACUCCCAGCAGCCCCCUCCACCUCCUCCAAUUUCACCCACAAACCGCAAGAGAGGCUCGGGUCAGCCCAAAUCAGGAAAGCGAGGCGUCCUGAAGCGUCCCUGGUCAGAGGCGGAGCGUGCAGCAGUCGAGGAGCACUUGACCCAAAACAUCACUGAGCUUCGAGUCCCCGCAAAGGCGGACUGUGAGCGCUGCCUGCAGCAGUGCCCCCUGCUGGUCAGCAACCACCGCGACUGGCGAGCCAUCAAGUUCUACUGCCACAAUCGCAUUCAGUUGCUGAAGAAAAACCAGCGGCGUGAAAGUGAUCCCCUGCCCCUCACUGUCUGCUGAAGGAAGUGGCUCGAGGGGGGGUGCAGCUAGUCAGAGCAGAUUCUCAAAUGGUCCCGUGCUGCCUGCCGAGAGGACGGUCCUAAAUUUCACUCUUCUGGUAGCUGUUUUUUUUUUUUUUUGACAUUGCUUCCAAUUUGACACCUGAUGGCAUUUUUAUUUUGAGCC